AUCUGUUAAGCUUUGCCUUGUUCGAAAUAAAUAAUUUUUUGUUUAAAAUUUUAUUAAUCUUUAGUCCGAUGUUGCUCUCUUUGCAUCAAAACUAGAUAGCAUUAGAGAAAGAGAAAGAGUGAGAUAGAGCACUCGAGUGCAGAAAGUGCAAGGGAAACAAACAGACCAAUGGGUGUCCUGGUGGGUCCGAUCUUUACAUUUUUGCUACCACAGUUCGUGCAUUUGCAUUCGCGCCUUUUCAAUUGUCAGUUAUUUCUGUAUAAUCUCUUUGGUUAUUUCACAUGUUAACCGCUAUGUGUAAAGUAACAUUAGAAUAUUAAUUAUCACGUGUUAUUUGAUACAACAAGCACGAAAAAUGUCGGAAUCCUCCAGCACACACGAUCCGGAGGAUACUAUCAAUAUCUUAGUAGCUACGGAUAUUCAUCUUGGUUUCGAUUACAAUAAAAAGAGAGGUGGACAAGUCUCGAAUGAGAGUUUCGUAACGUUCGAAGAAAUACUGAAGUAUGGCAAAGAAAACGAGGUAGAUUUCAUUCUGCUGGGCGGUGAUCUGUUUCACGACACUAAGCCAACGCAAACUGCGUUACUCAAGUGUGUAGAAUUACUGCGGAAAUAUUGUUUGGGCACUAGAGAAUGCAAGCUAGAGUUCUUGAGUGAUUCAGAACAGGUGUUCCGACACUGCGCACAGAAACAUGUCAAUUAUGAAGAUCCAAAUUUGAAUGUCUCGAUGCCGAUAUUUACUAUCCAUGGAAAUCACGAUGAUCCAAGUUUUGGUACUGUCGGAUCAAUAGAUAUACUGUCAGCUACUGGACUUGUGAAUUACUUUGGAAAAUGGACAGAUCUGAAUCGCAUAGUUGUAUCUCCUAUAAUUUUGAAGAAACGUAAUACCCAUGUUGCGCUUUAUGGUAUGAGUUACAUUAACGACCAAAGGUUAUCGAGAUUGUAUAGGGAUGAUAAGGUGGAUUUGUUACGUCCAAAGGACAUGGAUACUUUCAAUAUAUUUGUUUUACAUCAGAAUCGUGCCAGACAUACCAAUUAUGCUCACAUUCCGGAUGAUAAACUGCAUAAAUUCCUUAAUUUAGUUAUUUGGGGUCAUGAACAUGAAUGUCGUAUUACCCCUGAACCUAAUUCAGGUGGAUAUUAUAUAUCUCAGCCAGGAAGCUCCAUUGUUACUUCUUUAUGCGAAAGUGAAUCGAAACCUAAGCACGUGGGUCUCCUUAAAAUAAAUAAAAGUAAUUUCAAAAUGAAAAAUUUAAAAUUGAAAAGCGUCCGACCCUAUGUUUUUGAUAACAUGAUUAUCAAAGAUCAUGACAUUAAAGUAAGAGGUUACGUCUCAUUAGCAGAUUCUAUUAGUAACUAUGUAGAUCAAUAUAUCGAAAAUGAGCUCAUGCCUAGAGUUGCUACACAACUCACAGAAUAUCCUGAUCAACCAAUCCAGCCUUUAAUUCGAUUAAGAAUAUUUUAUGAUGAUGACAGUGAACAAUUUGAUACAAUAAGUUUGGCGCAAAAGUACUGUGAUGAAGUUGCUAAUCCAAUGGACAUGAUUAUAUUUCGUAAAAGGAGGCUCCUAGAGAAAGGAAAACGUGGUAUUCAUGAUGAAAUUGAUGAUGAUAUGGAUGAUAUUACAGAAUUAUUCCAGGGAGAUUUAGGAGAGGAUUGGACUAGCACGGUGCAAGGAGGAAUUAAAAAGUAUUUUGAUAAGGAAGAGAAUAAAGACAAGUUAACAGUCUUGACUGUAACAGCAAUGAAUGAAGCCUUAAAUCGAUUUGUUGAUAGAAGCGAGAUAGACGCCUUUAACACUAUCGUAAGAUAUCAAAUGAAAAAAACCAUUGAAUAUGUACGAGAGCAAAAUACUGAAACAUCAGAAGAUAUUCGUGAAGAAAUUAAGAAUUUCCACAACAAAAGGCUUUCAGAAGAAGAGGAGGAUCAGAAUAAUGUUGUGGACGUAUUAAAUAGGUCGCCGCAAAAGGGCGGUUCGAGAGCUCUGAAGCAAACUUGCUUGCCGAUAAGCAAUCUCGAUGCAACAAUUGACAGUAGUGACAGUGAUGAAGAUUUAAGUUCAACAUCGGCUAAAACUAGAGGAAGAGGUAGAGGUUCUAGAGGCGGUCGAGGAUCCAGAGGACCUAGAGGAAGUCGUGGUAGAGGAAGAGCUAAUGAAACAAAUGAUUCCAUUGCGAAAACGCAGAAUUCCAGAAGUGCGCAGUCGAAGAGAGCUCAGGCAAUUAUUAUAAGUGAUUCCGAUUGAUUAUUAAAUAUUUGAGAAGCUAUACAUACAUAAGAGCAAACAUUGUAUAAUAUGUAAGAACAUAUUAUUUUGUAUAAGUACAUUGUUUAAGUGGUCACAGCCAUCAACAUUUCUACGUGCAAAAAAUAUGCACAUCGAACUAUCAUAGCCAUGGAUGUUUCCAGCGGAAAUAACCAUGAUUUUUUUAUUUUAUUUCGUUCGUUAUAUAUAUUAUUUGGUUUUAUUCCGUGGUACAUAUAUCCAUAGAAUGUAAUUGAGUUUUUUUUAUUAGUUUUUUUUAUAAAAAUAAAGGCUAAAAAUUACAAUAGUUAUAUAUAUAUAUAUAUUAUAAGAAUUUAAACCUAAAAAGAUGAUUUGUAAUCACGAUUUACUGAAGGAUAUUUAAAUAAAAUUUGCCUUGAGACAUA